UAAACUAAUAUUUUACGCGUCCCUAGAAGAUUGGCCAUUGCAGUAAUUUGGGGUCCCUCCCGAGUCCCUUGAUUCCCUAGUUUUUCUAAUUAUCCCUGACCGACAUCCAUAACCCCAUCAAAUACGGAUUGCGUUUUCAUCACUCCAAAGUCGUUCAGUAGUCUGCAUUUUUCCCCUUGGAGAUGUUAUGCUCAUUUCGAAUAGUAGCCCACUUCUUUCACUUGUUUCCUUUGCUUGCAUUUUGAGCGAAUUAUGCCUGCACAGGGUUCUUACCAGUUAAAACAUCUAGAGAAAAUGUAUUUUUUGCAGUCCUCCAACGUGAGGGCUUCUUCCCCUCAUCGUAUGAAACAGUCUGAAUGUUGGAAUGGAUUAUAAUAUCACUAUCGAAGUAACUGAAACGAAGUGAACUCAGAUCCGAGCUGUGGGGGUUUUGAAGGGUUUUUGGUACUUGUUCGGGAGAUAUUUGACAAAUAUCAAUUCCCUCUUCCAACCAACAUCAGAUCUGUGUCUUGAAGGAAUAAUGUCAGAGCGAGGAAAUUUCAAAGCAAGUGAAGCAAUGCACGGUUAUGAAAAUUUGACAGGUUUGUCACUUUAUAAAUAUAGUAGUGUGAUAACAGAAGAGAACUCACAAAUGCAUGGUGGUUCUGAAAAGGAAAUCCCAUUUGUCACUGAGCACAAGCAAAAUGAAGUAUUGAAUUUCAAAGAUUGUCAAGAAAGCGACAGUUUUAAAAAAGACACAGGUAAUUCUUUGAUAGUGAGUGUGAUUAUAGAGAACAAAGGAUAUAGAGAGGAACCCUUAGAUUCAGAUGCAGAAGAAUCUCCAACGGAGAACUCAAGACAUGCACUCGAAGUGGACUCGCAUUCAAACAGUGCUGAUAAACAGGCCUUGUGCGACCACCUUCCUGAGAUGGGCGCUGAUUUGUCAUGCAAAGACAAGAAGAAAAGGAGGAAAAAGCGCAAAGGACCUAACAAAAAUCCAAGCCAGAUAUUUGCUUUUAAGGAAGAGGAACAAAAGAAAAUAGAACUGAGCAAGCCAUCCUUGGAUACAAAAAAGGCAGUUAUGUGCAGAACAUUGUCUAAGAGUGCAACAUUUCCAGGCUCUGCUCAGGAUGCUUCAUCUAUUGAAGAUGCACCAAUUUUGGAGGUUGAGAAGAUUGAGAGUGCAACUGAGAAUGGCCAUAGAUGUGAAUGUCGAUGUUCUGAUGGAAAGAAUUCCUUUUACACUCAAACAUUAUCUUUUCCACCAUCACUCAGAUUAAUACCUGCAAUACGAGGAGGCCAUGAAAAGAAUGGAUUGGGACCUAGACCAAAGUUUUGUGUGAAGUGGGCCCCAGAUGUGCAUGAACCUCCCUGCAGUUCUGUUUCCCAUACAGUUAGAAACUAUCACCUUUACCAGUCAAAAAAGAAAUAUAAUAAGUGUAAGCAAAAGGGGAAAUCAAGUCCUCGAACUGCAAGCGUAAAAAAUGAGAAGCAGCUUAUGCACAAUUCAAAUUGCAAUUCCGAAGGUGAUUAUUCAAGAUUGCAGUCAUCGUCAACACAAAAUGAUGGAAAUAGAAUGUUGUCAGAUGCUCUGCCUUCCAGAGCCCUUGGAUUAAUGCCUGAUGAGAGUCGCCUUACAUCACUUAAUUUGCAAAUGGGACAGAAUGGUAUUCCACUUUAUGCUGCAGAAAUGCAUUCAGACGAGUCUCAUGAAAAUGAGAAAAAUGAUUUGGAAGGGAAAUGCAUAGAUGAUUUGUUAUUAGUAGGAAAUAGUAACUUCCCAAGUUCUUCAGAAGCAGAAUUUCCUUUCAGUCAAGAUUCUAAAUGUUGUACAUCAUUUCUACGUACUAUUGAGAACAAGCAGCUUUCAAUUGCAGAGGCUACACGAUAAUCAUCAUCAUGUUGUCUGGUCUGAUACAUUUUGGAUUCCUAUUGUUCUAUAUUGUCUAUAGAAGUUAAGUUUAUUCGCUUAAUGAGACAGAAUAUUUUGGGUUACAACUAAGAUUGUAAUAACAUCUUACUGGCAUUGUACAUAAAUCUGGCCUAUACAUUUUUCUUAUUGAUAUUUGACCUGUGGUCAAAAACUUGUCUUGUUAGGUGCAUAAGAGAAGUUCUCAGUUUUUUUGGGAGUUCAGUCUCUUCCAAUUGGCAUGCUCACAAAUUAGAAGAUAAUUGUUGCACUGUGUUAUCUAUAGACCAUUUCUUGUCAAAGAAAACUGAGUUGUUGCA